AUGCCGGAUCCUAAUCUCUACUCUGUGUCUUCCCCACAGCAGCACUGUUUCAUACUGGAUGAACCAGAGUAUUGUCUACAGAAAAAGCCCUUCCUGGUGAUCAUGAUCACAGUGGCUCCGCACAACCGGGUCGCACGCAAUGCAAUCCGUGACACCUGGGCUGGAGAAACAACAGUACUGGGCAAAAGAGUGAGCCACUUCUUUCUGCUGGGUCAAUCUGAAGACCAGGACAAUUACCUCCAGGAUCAGCUGCUGCGUGAGAGCGUGGAACACCGGGAUCUGCUCCAGGGGGACUUCGUGGACACCUACCACAACCUCACCAUUAAAACCAUGCUCAUGCUGCAGUGGCUUGACUCGCGGUGCCCCGGCGCGUCCUACGCCAUGAAGACUGACUCAGACACCUUCAUCAAUGUUCGCAGCCUCAUGAAGGAGCUCCACAGGACUCCCAGACACGGGUACAUGACGGGAAACGUGGUGAGGAAGGCUCACGUUCAUCGAGACCCAAACUCCAAGUGGUUUAUGCCAGACAAUGAGUACUUCGAGUCCACGUACCCACCGUAUGCGCUGGGACUCUGCUACGUGUUCUCCAUGGAUCUCCCUGGGAAGCUGGUUGUGGCCUCCUGGCAGGUGAAAGCCGUUUGGCUGGAAGAUGUUUAUCUCGGCAUGUGUAUGAGAUAUCUUGGAGUUGAUCUCACAGAUCCACCUGCACACUCUUUAUUUUUGACUUCAAAGAUGUUUCUAUUGCUAGAAGCUCCCUGGAAUCGUAUCAUUGCUGCAGAACUGGAAAGUCCUCAACAGCUUUUGGAUGCAUGGAGAAACUAUAAAAUGGGUAAUUAAAACCAUCAAUAUAGUUAUGCAAUGAGAGCUCACUCAAAUGAUAAAACUGAAGAUGAAGCAAAGGAAAAUAUGAGCGGCUUCUACCUCUAAUACCCAGGAGGUUUUGUUAUCUUUGGUGAGAAGUAAUUUGAUAUAGGGGAGUGGAAUUACCUUUUUUAUACGUUGGAGAGAAUUGGUUUGGGAAAAUGUGUAUUUCCUGGAUUCAGCUGCUCUAUUCUACUCCGCAGGCCUCAGUCAGCACAGAUAAUAUUCAAUCUGAAUAAUUUAGCCUUUAUCGCUCUACAAGACAGAUCUGCCGUUUGUGUCUGUUUCUAUUUGCAAUCGCCUUUGAACCCCUUUCGAUAGCGCUUUGAGCUAACCCCCAUAUUACAGGUAUACUUAGGAUUAGUAUGGAGUCAAGUGUCUCCCUUUAAGCAGAUCACCUCCUUUUAUACGUUUCCAACCGACUAUCUCUGUCCCUACUGCUCUUGCCACUCUUCAAACAUUUGAUAAAAUAUCUGGAUACAAAUUGAACUUGAACAAAGUGAGAUAUUUCCUAUUAAAACAGCUUCUGGGAACUAUCCUCUACACAACCUACCCUAUAGGACUGCAAUCCA